AUGCCGCCAUCAACAGCCUUUGCAAGCAAAUUUUCGAAACUAGCAUCAGUAGGACAUCGUGGACCGAGUUCUAUACACAAGCUCUCUAAGACAGUGAAGGUAACAUCGUCUAGACCGAGAAGUACGGAUUGGAUUGAGGCGUCAAGUAAGAAACUUGAGAAGAAGACUAGCAAGAGACUUGAUUGGUGGCUUUCAUUGGAGGAAGAGGAUGAGAAGAAGAAGAAGAAGAAGAAAAAGAAGAAGCGGAGGAUGGUUAGAGAGUGGUGGAAAGAUGAGUAUCGUAGAGAACUCUCUAAGAAGAAGAAGAAGAAUACGUUGGAAUCUGAAUUUUGUAGUGAUGAUGGGAGUACUAGUGUGAGUCAAUGGAGGCGUGGUAGUGGUAGCAGCAUAGAAUGGUGGUUAGAUGGGUUAAGUGGUGAAAGGUGGCCGAGAGGACGAGGAAAUAGUCAUGACUCGGUGAGCGGUGAGAUAGCUAAGAGCUGUGGAGUUAGUAGCACACCGAGCAUGAGAGGAACCGUGUGUUAUGCAGCGCCUGAGUACUGUAACUUAGAUAACGACGUGUCUGAGAAAUGUGAUGUUUAUAGUUAUGGUGUUCUGUUGUUGGUUCUGAUUUCCGGGAGGCGUCCGUUGGAGAUGACGGGAUCCGCAAGUGAGAUCCAACGGGCAAACCUCAUGUCUUGGGCGAGGAAGCUGGCCAGGAGAGGGAAACUUGUUGAUCUUGUGGACCAAAAGUUGCAAAAUUUGGAUCAAGAACAAGCAGUGUUGUGCAUAAAGGUUGCCUUGCUUUGUCUGCAAAGAUUCCCGGUUUCACGACCGUCGAUGAAAGAGGUUGUGGGGAUGCUUAAAGGAGAAGUGAGUCUGCCGUAG